GGCGUAAUUGGACACUAAUUUAGGUAGAAAAUUAAGAAAAAUUAGUGCGAAGUUAAAGAAUUUCUGAUUACUGGAAGUGAAAUUUCUAUCAGGAGACCACAAACCUGCUAUCCUAGUACAAUAAUUUCUGGAAGAAAGGAGAAUAAAUGAAUAAAUUCUUCCCUAUCGAUACUUAUAUUUCUGCUAUGUUGACACAAUGAUUUUGGAGGAGAAAUUUGUAUCAGGAGAGCAUAAUACACACUUCUGUAUGUCUGGCACCCUAAUACGAUAAUUUUUAGAAGAGAAGUGUGUAAAGGGUGAACGUAGUACGUCCUACGUAUAGCUUUCUGCGUGCCUGAUAUACAGACGCAACAACUUUUAGAAAAAAAAUUUGUAUCAGGAGAGUAUACUAAAUUUUUCUGCAAGUGUCACGCGAACACCGCACACGAUGUCAAAUUAUCUCCUAUUUACGCCUCUGCACCGUUGUUCUAUCCUGAUAUUUGAAAGAGAUAUCAGGAGAGCAUAAUAGUAAGGAAUCGCACUUAACCUCCUCUUGCGUUUCUGUAAGACUGACGGUCCCUCUUAAGGACUUCAACGUCUUCCUCUCAAAAACUGCCGCAUUUUUUUUGAUAAAAUGUGUAUCAGGAGAACAUAACGCGUAAAAAGAAAGACCACGACACUCUGUUACUAUAGAUUUUUUAAUGAAUUUCGUGUCAGGGAAGCAGAAUACGUAUCUUCAAAAGUUUAUGAACCUUCCUCCGUUGCUCUGACCCUGAUGCAAUAAUUUUUAGUGAACAAUUUGUACCAUGAGAACAUAAUAAGCUUCGAUUUUUGAUCAGAAUUUGUAUCAGGAGAGCACAAUACCUGAGAAGGUGCAAUUCAUCAAUUUCAGAACCGUACUGCGCUUUUGUGAUCCUGAUACAGGGUUAUCUUAAAGAAAAAGUGUAUUAGGAGAACAUAAUACGAAAAAGACAUUCUUGCGUUAUAUUUAUAAUCAAAUAAAUUCCUACCAGGAGAACAUACUGUUACAAAAGGACUGCACGAGAACCUUCUCCAUAUUGAUUAGUAGACGGAAUUGCGACCAGGAAAGUCGUAAUGCUUAAUUUCAUAGUUUCUAAAUUUUCUUCCGCUUCUGUGACCCUGAUACAAAAAUUUUUUGUGAACAAUUUGAAUUAUGAACACAUAAUACGUAAGGAAGUGCCUCUUUAAAGUCUCGUGACCCUUUUAUGUUCGAUUUUUGGCAUAAUACUAAUCACGAUAUUGAAUUAGGAGUUCAGUUUUAGGCAAUUGUAUCAGGAGCACAUAACGCGAAAAAAUGGAUCAAUUAAUGGCAUUCGCUUCUUUCUAAGUUAAAUUCUUAAUGAGAAAUAGACACUAAGAAGAGGUAAAAAUCCCCCAAGGGCUUCUACCUCUUUUUUUUCGAUGUAUAGUUUAAAAUUUGUAUCGGGAGAACAUAUGCGUAAGAACAGGUUCUAAAGGAACGUUGACACCUCCGCUUUUUGAUAAUGUUUGUAUCGGAAGAACAUAAUUGAUGAGAAGGUGCAUUUCAACGGUUUCUGAGCCCUCUUGUGAUUUUGAUAAAAUUUAAAAAAUGUGUACCAGGACAGCAUAAUACAAAGCAAAGGUUACCGACAAAAUUUUUACACAAAAUUUGAAAUGGACAUCAAGACAACAUAAUACGUAACAAAGCUGCCCUCAAGCGUAUCGAGACUUAAGUUCAAUUUUUAGAAAAAAAAUUAUCAGGAGCGCAUAAUGGGUUCAAAUGCGAAUUUCUGCAUUGAUGUAUUUCUGAUAUAACAAUUGUUAAAAAAAAACAAUUUUUCUUAUCAGAACAUAAUACCCAAGGAAGUGUACUUCAAAAACUUGUGAACCUUCUUGGGUCUCUAACUAGUCUUGAUGAUUUUUUUAAGAGAAAUGUGUCCAGACUUUGGACACCUUCCUACGUUGUAUUUUUAGGCCAAAUCUGUAUCAGGAGCACAUAACUCCAAAAAACCUACCCAUCUAUGACUUUGGCACCUUCGUCUUUUAUACGUGACUUUGUAAGUAAGCGUUAUACUCUCCUGAUACAUACCAGGUACGUAACUUUUUCCAAAAACAAUUGUAUCAGGAGCAUAAAAUCCUUCACACGCCCGCUUAUUAUUGAACUACUUUUAAAAAUACAGCACCACCAGGGAAACAUAGUAUGUGAGUAGGUAUGGCUGGUAUCUGGUAGUAUCAGGAGAGCAUAAUAUUUUGGCAAAUCUUUUACUGAUUGUUUUUUUGCAUGAACACACCAACAAACAACAUUUAAAACUACACCUUCAUUAUCAGCAGUUGGUCGUUCAAGAAUUCAAUUAAAGGGUAAAAUCUGGGACUAAUUAAUUAAUUGCGUUUGUGAAAUUAACUGGAUGGACGAUUACGACCACGCAAUUUAAUUGCCGUUCAUUGUACCGAAAACCAAAUUUCCACACGUCUUCCCUCCAUCGAGCAUGGCGUAAAGGCCUCCCGCCAAUUAUCAACAAUUGGGCGUCCGGUUGUCGUCCAUUGUCACUUGAUCAAGUCGAAUUAGCGCGCCAGAAUGACCCGAACGAUUUUUCUCUUCGCCCUCUCGCUUUUGGGGACCUCGGAUUCGGCGACUUUCCCCAAAUAUCUGAAUAAGCACGAGAUCGAAGAUAAUGGACUGUACACGGAGAACUACCCGGAGAUUAGGCCGGCUUCCGAAGAGGACCUGCUGAAGCAAGACGAGCGGUUUUGGUUCCGAUUGGGUUCGGGUACGCUGAAGCAAAGGUUGAAGGGUGACGGGGGUGAUGUUCCGAAAGUUGCGCGAAACGUCGUGUUUUUCUUGGCCGAUGGAAUGGGGGCGACCACGACGACGGCGGGACGAAUUUAUAAAGGUCAACGCGCUGGGAAGUUGGGGGAGGAGCACAGCUUCUCCUUUGAGGAGUUUCCAAACGUGGCCCUCGUUAAGAACUACUGCGUGGAUCAGCAGGUUCCCGAUUCGGGCGCGACGGCCACGGCUCUGUUCUCAGGGGUCAAGACUCGUUACAAGACAAUCGGGGUGGAUGCCAAGAGUUUCUUUGGGAAAUUUGAUAAGGCGACCUAUGAGAGAAGCAAGCUGGAUUCCUUCAUGGUUUGGGCGCAGGACGCCGGAAAGGCCACGGGAAUUGUGACCACCACGCGAAUUACCCACGCAACUCCCGCCGCCACCUACGCGCGAACGCCCCACCGAGACUGGGAGUGCGACAGCAGCAUCCCGCGCACCUACCGCGCCGACCUCAAGGACAUCGCGCGGCAAUUGGUCGAAGACGCUCCCGGAAAAAAUUUCAAGGUCAUCCUCGGCGGGGGCUUGGAGGCGCUCGGCUACGCCAAAUACCCGAACGCGUCGACCUGCCCGAGAGAAGACGGCCUAAACCUGACGGCGCGCUGGUUGGGCGACAAGAGCAAGGCCUCAUUCGUAGUGGGCAAGGCUCAGCUGAACCGCGCGACGGAAGAAGCCGAUUACUUACUCGGCCUGUUCGCGCCCAGCCAUCUACCGUACGAGCUUUCCCGAAAGCGAAACUACCCCGACGUGCCGAGCCUCUCCGACAUGACCCGAGCCGCACUGAAGGUGCUGCGAAAGGAACCUAAAGGCUUCGCGCUGAUGGUCGAAGCCGGGCUGAUCGACAGAGCGCAUCAUUCGAACCUCGCGCGUUUCGCGCUCGGCGAGACCGACGAACUGGACGAGGCGGUCGCCGUGGCGUUGAGAGAAACCGGCACGGACACCCUCAUCAUCGUAACCUCCGAUCACGCGCAUCCCAUCACCCUGAAGGGCUACCCGGCGCGCGGCAACGACAUCUUCGGGUUCGCCAACGAGUCGGUGCCCUACCAGACGUUGUCCUACGCCAUCGGUCCCGGUUUCGAGUACCACUACAACGCGAACGCGACGAAGUACGCGGACUUUCCGUGGCGUGACCUCUUCGCGGACGAGAGCAGGCUGAGGGACCCCUUCUACCAGCAGCACGCCGGGUAUUACAGAUACGAGAGCACUCACAGCGGCGAGGACGUUCCCAUUUACUCGAAGGGACCGGGGACGGACCUGCUGCGCGGCGUCGUCGAACAGAAUUACGUCGCGCACGUCAUCAGCUACGCGGCAUGCAUUGGACCUCACGCCCGAUUGAAUAGCGACUGCGGCGACACCUCGCGGGCGUCCGUUCAACUACCAACAACACCCGUUGCCAUAUUAGCACUUCUUUUAGUCCCCAUUUUAUAUUAAAUUGAUUAGUAAAAAUAGAUUUUAAGUAAGGUUGCCCAUAUCAGGACUCCAGAAGUGAAAGUUACUCUCCCCUAGGUUUGCCAGCCCCUUGACCAUUUUACUCAAAGUGUUCCUAUCAGGAACUUUCGAAAUGUCACUGUCAAAUUCCCGAGAUACUCAUCAGCUAAUCAUAUCAGGAGUACAGAAGUCGUGUAUUGUAGUAGUAGUCCCGUUACUGUAAUCUUUGAAAGAGAAAUUCCCACCAAGGGAGCACAAUAUCUUAAUUUUUAUUACUCUGAUACACUAAAGUGCAUAAUGCUAGUCAAUAAAGUAUUUCCUAUUUAUAA